AGCCGCGGGAGCGCCAGCGCCGGCCGGAGCCCGAGAGGUCCCGGGGCCGCCGAGAGGCUGGCACUGCCUGGAGGGGAGACCCUGCCACUGCACCGCGCGAUUGAAGGCUCCCCGAGUAUUUUGCGGCCUGAGGAUCCGGUUCAACUAAGGUGCCAUAAGACGUGUUGGUUUUUGCACUGCACCGGGACCUUCUCCGAACUUUUCAGUUGCAAAGCUGCUUGACAGCCAAUUUUCCAUCGUGUGCCUAGGCUCCUUGUCCUCUGAAUUUGCACCAUUCAGGGAGUGUCCUCAAAGUUGAAAUUGCACAAAGCACAGCUCAAGUUUGUAUCAGACGGAAAGUAAACUUAGGCCGGCCAUGCAUCACCCAGGAGUGGGAAAGGUGAUGGAUUCCUGAAGUGGAAGAGGUGGUGCGGAGGGGGCACCGCCCAUGCUGCCCUGCUUCCAGCUGCUGCGCAUAGGGGGCGGCAGGGGCGGUGAUCUCUACACCUUCCACCCCCCAAGCGGAGCUGGCUGCACCUAUCGCUUGGGCCGCAGGGCCGACCUGUGUGAUGUGGCCCUGCGGCCCCAGCAGGAGCCCGGCCUCAUCUCUGGAGUCCACGCGGAGCUGCACGCUGAAUGCCGGGGCGAUGACUGGAGGGUCAGUCUGGAGGACCAUAGCAGCCAAGGGACUUUGGUCAAUAAUGUCCGACUCCCAAGGGGUCAUAGGCUAGAGUUGAGUGAUGGUGACCUUCUGACCUUUGGCCCUGAAGGGCCCCCAGGAACCAGCCCCCCGGAGUUCUACUUCAUGUUUCAGCAAGUCCGCGUCAAACCUCAAGAUUUUGCUGCCAUUACCAUCCCUCGGUCUAGGGGAGAAGAGGGAACCAGGGCUGGUUUCCGGCCCAUGCUGCCCUCCCAGGGGGCUCCACAGCGCCCCCUCAGCACCCUCUCCCCUGCCCCCAAAGCCACGCUGAUCCUCAACUCCAUCGGCAGCCUCAGCAAGCUCCAGCCCCAGCCCCUCACCUUUUCCCGGAGUGGGGGUGGGCCACAGAGCCUGCCUGUUCCCACUCCCCCUGGGGAAGUGGGGACCACCCCUUCUGCCCCACCCCCAAGGAAUCGCAGGAAAUCAGCUCACCGAGUGUUGGCAGAACUGGAUGAUGAGAGAGAGGGUCCCGAGAGCCCUCCACCAGUCCUUACAGAGCCCAGGAAGAAAUUCCGUGUAGAGAAAACCCCACUUACACCUAGUGGAAAUCGACGUGGGCGUCCUCGGAAGCACCCAGUGAGCACCCCCAUUGCUCCCCCCGCAGUUGGGGGUGGGGAGCCCUGUGCAGCCCCUUGUUGCUGCCUGCCCCAAGAAGAGACAGUAGCCUGGGUUCAGUGUGAUGGUUGUGACGUCUGGUUCCAUGUGGCCUGUGUUGGCUGUAGCAUCCAGGCUGCCAGGGAGGCCGACUUCCGGUGCCCAGGGUGUCGUGUAGGCAUCCAGACCUAAGGCCACCAUCACGGCACCAGAGGACAGAGCUGGCACCUCCAGGCCACGGGUGGACACAGUGGUGUGCCAAUGAGUCCUAAGAAAUGCCCCUUCUUCCCUUGCCUCCCCAGGAGGGAAUGACUACAGGGGAAGGGUCCAUUGCUAUGGAUAUCGAUUGGAGGCCUGGAGCAGGCCCUCAUGGCCAAGGUGACAGAAGAGAUGGUUUCCUACCAAAGAUAUUGCUGCCUGCAGGGAGUUGCCAGAGAGCUGGAAAUUCCCACUGUUACAAGCUGUAGGUCCUUGUCAUGGACGUUAGGACGUCUGUGGUCAGAGCAACCAAUUGCAGAGGCCAUGCCUUGAAAGAUGUAAGCCCCUGACUGGAACAAGCAAGUUCUUAAUGUUGUUGGAUGGCACCACCUAAGGCAUUCUGGAAAGACCUAGGCCACAGCCCCAAAACUUCCUUAAGUUGUGGGUAGUCUUGCCACUGACCAUGAUGAUCGUGACCUGGCUUUUCAGAACUUUGCUUCCAUUUCCAAAUAAACAAUGAGCAGCUUCAUUCA